AGAUUUACAUGCUUCAAUUUCUCAGAGGGCUGCUUCCCGCCUGGCAUCUCAAACCGAAUGAGAUGUAAUUAGAGACCUCUCAUACAUACUCCCUCUAUCUAAUAACCCGCGUGGUCUUAUAUUUAUGCAUGCUGGGAUACAAAGAGGGAGAAGAAAAAUCUUCUGCGUUCUUUUUUCCGCUUCAUCACGUCGUGGAGCCCCAAUAAGUCGGGGCGCUAAGGCGCACGAAGGACAUGACUUAGUAUUCGAAAUGCUUCUGAUUAAUCUCAGUAUAAUCAUAGACCCCAACGGGUAUCCUUUCAAUCAAUUUUCAACCAAUCUCGGCAAAUUUAAUUCAUUCAAGCUUGCAUCUACAGCGUUCCUUGCUCUACUCGUCAACAACCUUAUGGUUGGCGUCCUUGAGACAUGUGUAUAUCCCGAUUGUGGACAACCCCUUCCGUAGACGACCGAGUUGGGCACCUCAACCCGACCCAUCGUUCCUUCUCUUUCCGGAUGCUUGCCAGCUCCACGACUUGCGACCUCCCGAGAUGUUUGUUUGGUGUGGUUGGUAAGCCCUUCACAAAUCCGCCUUUCUAUCC